AUGUUCAUCAAUUCUUCCAAUAAACACUGUUUUCGCACUAAAUACGUGAAAAAAGAAAUAAACUUGGCUGGCAAUGCUGUGACAAAUUAUGAUAGAAAGCCUAUAAAAGAGACAAAUAUCAAUAUUAUUCAGCUUUCCGAGUCUUGCAAAUAUGAACAAUCGAAUGAAUCGCAAGCUUUAGAAGAUCAAGAGCGUUUUCAGAACAUUAAUUUGCCUCCCAAACUUAAUUUAGUUGAUGCUAUCAGUUAUAUGCUCUCGAAAGGAACUAUUUAUCGUGAUCUUGUAAUUAUCACUUUCUGA